AUGGUAAGUGAUUUACCUGAUGAAGAGGACAAGAAGACACCAGUCCUCCUUCUAGGAGUUAACAAGAUAUCGGACUCGCCUUCAUUUGUCCGCAGAAGAUCAAUAGAACCCCACUCUUCGGGUUCAAUUAGGUUCUUCCGUCCACCUAAAUCGAAGUACACAAGAGGCCUCCAUGGAGACGAGAGAUUGGAGAAAAUCAGGCAGGACCUCUUAGUCCAUAAACAUAAGCCCGAUAAGUACAUUCCAAAUACAAACCAUGAGGUUCAAUUAGAGCCUGUAUUCAAAAGACCCUGCGUGAACUUGAACUGCGUGGGUGAUUGUAAUUGUGAUAGAAGAAAGUCCUCCAACAGAGGGUCAUUUUCCUUCCACAGACCCGAAAACCGUCAAUCGUCCCUGUGCCCUUCAGAGCCCUAUGUAAAACGACAGGAUAAGAAAGACCUUUCAGAGAACGACAUUGAAUACAAAUAUACAGAAUACAUUCCAGAUUCCGAACCAUCCAGCAGCAAGCAAACAUCGUAUAACGUGACACCAAAGUCGACUGAACGUAGGCAUUUUUUACUAUCAAACUUGAAUGAGAGAUUUCGGAAAACGCUGAGCCUGGAUUCACGUAAAAUUGAAACUAAUCGCGUACCGUUAAGCCUGCCAAAGGACGAGCGACCAAAGUCACUCGUAAAUACAAGCAACAUUUGUGUGCAACAGCUCAAAGCCGACCCUAUAAUAUUACCAAAUUUCAAUAAAACCUGCCAACCGAAGAAAAAACGGAAAUCAUUCUUCUCCUUAGACACGUUUUUCGAUACCAAGAAGUCCGACACGUCUUCCAUAGACGAUUAUUGUUCUUCGAAAUACAAACGCUUCGAAUUGGAGAGCGAUGAUUCUCCGUUAUUUAGACGCGACAUCUCCCCGCAGCACCAAAGAGAAAGAACGCCGGAUCUGUUGAAUUUGCCGGUCAUUAUAGAUUCCGUGCGGAAGAAGCAGUCGGAAACGCGACGGCGACUGGAGAAGUUAGAAAGUCAUUUCUAUAAAAGCCUGAGCAAAACGCAAACUGUUAUAGACGCGGUACCGAAAGACGCUACCGACGUACAAGGCCCAAGCGGACAUACCAAUCAUUUGUUCGUGUACGACGACGACGUGGAAUACAUUGAGCCUAUUCGGAGUAAUUUUACUAGUCAAAGCACACUGAUUCUUGAUAAGAACUUACCCGGGGAUUAUACGCUGAAGCCCGAUUCAACGUUAACUAUCAACACAGAGGAGACGGACAUUAAACUUCCCAGCUCGACGGUGUCUCCGAAAUCUAAUGAGGCCAGGAACCUGGAACAUGAUUUAGACAGCAUCGGUGCUUACGAAAUAGAAGUUAGGGAAGCAGAUUUGUUGAAGGACAAAUCGAAAAAUCUAACAGUCAAAGUAAUGGACAAAUCUGUGGACUCUAUUGGCAGCUGUUCCCUCGAUGUCGACGCUAGUACUGAUUUUUCAGAUACUACAUCCGGAAGCUUGAAUCUGCUCACUCCAUCAUCAACCAAUAGCCGUAUUCGGGAUUUCACAUCCCGCAUACAAGAGAGAGCUGGAUCCAACCUGCAACCAAGUUAUCAGCAGACCCCUACUCUUACACCCACAAGAACUCCAGAGGAAAGCACACCAACACCCAGAAGGGAAAACCUACUUAAGCCUCCACCCAAACUUUAUGUGGAAUCAGGCAGCCAUAGAUCGCGCGGAUAUCAUAAGAAACGAGAAGACCCACCACAAAAGAAGCCCAGUUAUUUGAACUUAGCCUGCUCUGUCAACGGCUAUACAAAUUUAACAACCUACGACUCGAAAUUGCGACAAGACAUAAAUAAAAGUCGUGAAGCGUCACCCAUACGGCCUAUCACACACACAUACCAGUAUAAAAGUGAAAAUAACUCUCUACUUGUCCCAGUUCCUAUCAGCGCAAACAAACUGCUUGUACCUACCUUCAUUCCCCAUGACACGGGAACAAAUUUGACAGCAAACGCGCCUGCUAAGGCGCAUACAGAUCCGUAUAUAUCAUCACCAUCGCAUGCCUGUAUGGCUGCAGAGAACAAGCAACUCAAAGACGAUUUCCUAGGCCCCAGCAUGACAACUACAAGUAGACCCUACAUAUCCACCGAAAGUAAAAAUUUUGCUGCAACAAUGUUACACAAAGACGAAGUCGAUAAUUCCAAGGAAAUUUCUUUCCAAUCCAGCUAUUCUGAAACGAAUAUCAGACAGACAAUCACUUCAAAUUGCAAAGAAUCACGAUUCAGCUCUGAAUCUUACACAAUCUCAUCCAAUGGUAUGUCGAAAAGAGUUGAAAUCACUAAGGAGAACGGCGAGAAACUGACAAGUCCAAUGAAGAGUUUUAUACAACAACGUGUCGAGAGACUCUACGGUCCAGGAGCGCUGGCGCAAGGAUUUUUCAAUCAGAAACGGCUGAAAUUCAAAAGUCAAAGUGAUGAAGAUAACUCAAAAGUGUUAACAGAGAAGUCUUUAAAUUGUCCUGAUAAGUUUCUUUCUCCAAGAAAAUCUUGCAGUAAUCUUGAGAGCGAAAAUAUUUAUACUAGUCCUAAAGACACUGACUCUAGUGUUCUACCAGUUAUGAGACAUUUGAGACCAGAGUUCCGAGCACAACUGCCCAUAUCAUCACCUAAAAAGAGCUUAAAAUACGAUUUGUCCCCUCAAAAGGAUGAAGACAUUCCAAAGCCCAUUGACAAGACUGAAGUAAAUGAGGAAAUCAAAGGUAAAGCAAGUGAAAUCUCUGUAACAAAUGGUGUAUCUGUGAUAAGUUUAGAUGAUGAUAAAGAGGUUUUGGUUAAGGACUCUAUAAACGGAUGUUCAAAUGUGAAUGGUGCUGAUAAAGUAAAUGGUGAAGUUGUUAAAGAUGCACAUUAUUUCUUGGAUCUGGAGAAGAAGGAAACAGAGCGUCUGAUUGCACUAGCUGUCAGUGCUGAAAAGGAGUUGGAAAGUUUGCAACAUCAAGAAAAUGUGAGUGAGGAGGUACUGGGCUUACUACGAGCCGCGUCCGGCAAAGCGCGCCUCCUAGCCACGCAGAAGAUGCAACAAUUUGAAGGCCUCUGUUACAACAACAUCAAUGAGCGGCUUGAUGAACCAUUCCCCACCACACUCCAGGACCUGCAGGGUUUCUGGGACAUGGUUUGCCUGCAGGUGCGCAACGUGGACGCCCUCUACGAGAACAUCGCGGCCAUGAAAGCCAAUGGCUGGCAGGAGAUCGCCUCGCCGGUGGCGAAAGCGGCGUCUGCGUCUACGUCCACUUCGCCGGCGCGCGGACGGUCGCGGGCGACGCCGCGCGUCAGCAACGAGAAGGCGCGGCUGGCGGCGGAGAAGCGAGAGGCGGACCGCAAGGCGAUGCUGGAGCAUAGGAGACGCGUGGCCCGCGAAAGACAGCUGGCGGCUCGCGCUUCUGCGCCAGGCACCAGCCAAGAAAAGGACAGUGAAAUGGCUAUUGAGGGCAGUCAGGAAGUUGAAAUUUUUGUUGGAAAAGGUGGCAAGUCCACAAAAAGCGAACCACAAGGGGACUGCGCAAGUGCCAACCAAUCUGCAGACUCAGUCAAUCUAAGC